CACCGAUCAGACGGCAGGUCGGUUGGUGAGCGGAGAAGACGGACGGUUACAACCGCAACACCUGACGCUCUUUGGUUUUUUUUUUUUACUUCGUGGCGGCGUUUUCUCCUCCUGUGGACUAACAUUUCGGGGAGUUUUUUUUUUUUUACUCGACUACACCGACGGACGGAGAGGGUCAGACGAGGCUGUCCACCAUGACGGGGAGCAGGGAGGAGGAGAGGAGGAAACUGGCAGACAUCAUCAACCACUGGAACGCCAACCGGCUCGACCUGUUCGAGAUCAGCCGGCCCACAGAGGACUUGGAGUUCCAUGGCGUGAUGCGGUUCUACUUCCAGGACCGGGUCGCCGGUAACUUUGCCACCAAGUGCAUCAGAGUGUCCAGCACAGCGACAACGCAGGACGUCAUCGAGACGUUAGCAGAGAAGUUCAGACCGGACAUGAGGAUGCUCUCCUCGCCAAAGUACUCCCUGUAUGAAGUCCACGUCAGUGGCGAAGAGCGUCAGCUGGACCUGGACGAGAAGCCUCUUGUUGUUCAGCUGAACUGGAACAAAGACGACAGAGAAGGGCGCUUUGUCCUGAAGAACGAGAACGACAUCCUUCCCAAGAAGAGUCAGAGUAAUGGCCCAGAGAAGGAGAAGGACGGAGUGAUCCAAAACUUCAAGAGGACUUUGUCCAAGAAGGAGAAGAAGAAGGAAAAGAAGAGGGAGAAGGAGUUCGCCCGGAUCCCCGACGGAGACGAGCAGGCGCUCCCCCGAGAGGACGGUGAAAACAGUCGUCUAGCAGCGGAGGUGUACAAGGACAUGCCUGAGACCAGCUUCACUCGGACGAUCUCCAACCCAGAGGUGGUGAUGAAGAGGAGACGCCAGCAGAAACUGGAGAAACGGAUGCAGGAGUUCAUGAGCAGCGACGGGAGGCCAGACUCGGGGGGCACUUUGCGGAUAUACGCCGACAGUCUGAAGCCCAACAUCCCGUAUAAGACCAUCCUGCUCUCCACCAGAGACACGGCUGACUUUGCCGUGGUGGAGGCGCUGGAGAAGUACGGGCUGGAGAAGGAGAACCCCAGAGAGUACUGCAUCGCUCGGCAAGAUGACAAAUCGAGCAAAGACGCAAUUCUGGACGAUUCUGAGUGUCCGCUGCAGAUCUUCAGGGACUGGCCAGCUGACAGAGGAGCCCUUGUGUUCCAGCUGAAGAAGAGACCGCCCGACUACCAGGGGAGGAAGGGAAGGAAAAUGGAGGACAAGGGUCUGCGGAGAGACGGCAGCAGCAGCUCACUGCCUCCUGAGAAACUGCCUUACCUGGUGGAGCUGAGCCCAGGCCGAGGGAAUCACUAUGCCUACUACGCCUAUCGGCACCACGAAGACGGCUCUGACUCCCGGGACAAACCAAAGCUGUACAGACUUCAGCACAGCAUCACUGAGGUCGGCUCGGACUGCACAGAGGACGGCGCCAUCCAGCUGCUAGGUCCGGGGAUUCUUCCCCAUCACUGCAACCUCAUGCACACUGAAGGUAUGGUGACCGUGACGCCGCACGGCCCCGACGCAGACACCUUUGUCGACGGGCAGCGAGUCACAGAAACGACGGUGCUGCGUUCAGGCUCCACUAUCCAGUUCGGCUCGGCGCACGUCUUCAAGUUUGUUGACCCCAUGUUCGACCAGGGGGGGAAGAGAGAACCGGCGGCCAUGAUGAGGAGCCGACACAAGUCUGGCAGCGUACCAGAAACCACCUUCGACCUUCACGGAGACGUCCACAGUGGAGCUGCCCUGCCUACCAGCAAGAGCUCGGGGAAGCUGGAGAUGGAGAGAGGCAUGGUCAAACCCAUGAUCAGAGGAGAGCAGCAGGACAGCAGGUCUCAGGACGUUUCCGCAGACAGAUCCGAGCUGACUCUACCGGCCGGCAUCGAGUUCAGAGACAACUCUGAAGACACCUUCCUGUCAGCCAUCAUCAACUACACCAACAGCUCCACGGUCCACUUCAAACUGUCCCCCACCUACGUCCUGUACAUGGCCUGUCGAUACGUCAUGUCGCCCACGUACCGGCCUGACAUGUCGCCGUCUGAGAGGACGCACAAAGUCAUCGCCAUCGUCAACAAGAUGGUGAGCAUGAUGGAAGGAGUCAUCCAGGAGAUUCCUGAAGGGGAUCAGAAGCAGAAAAACAUCGCGGGAGCGCUGGCCUUCUGGAUGGCCAACGCCUCCGAGCUGCUCAACUUCAUCAAGCAGGACCGGGACCUGAACCGCAUCACGCUGGACGCCCAGGACAUCCUCGCCCAUCUGGUUCAGAUGGCUUUCAAGUACCUGGUCCACUGUCUGCAGGCGGAUCUCAACAACUACAUGCCGGCUUUUCUGGACGACCCCGAAGAACAUAACCCACAAAGACCCAAGAUCGAGGACGUCCUGCACACUCUGACAGGAGCGAUGUCGUUACUGCGGCGGUGUCGAGUCAACGCCGCUCUGACCAUCCAGCUCUUCUCGCAGCUCUUCCACUUCAUCAACAUGUGGCUCUUCAACAAGCUGGUGACCGACACCGAGUCGGGGCUGUGCUGUCAUUACUGGGGGGCCAUCCUCCGUCAGCAGCUCAGCCACAUCGAGGCCUGGGCCGAGAAACAGGGGCUGGAGCUCGCCGCAGACUGCCACCUCAGCCGAAUCGUGCAGGCCACCACCCUGCUGACCAUGGACAAAUACUCCAUGCAGGAUGUGCAGAACAUCCACAACACCUGCUUCAAGCUGAACUCCCUGCAGCUCCACGCCCUCAUGACCAACUACCACUGUGCUCCUGACGAGCCGUACAUCCCUCCUGAGUUGAUAGACCACGUCGUGGGCGUGGCGGAGAACACGGCGGAUGAGCUGGCGAGGAGUGAUGGCAGAGAGGUUCAGCUGGAGGAGGAUCCGGACCUCCAGCUGCCCUUCCUCCUUCCUGAGGACGGUUACUCAUGUGACGUGGUGCGAAGCCUCCCCAACGGCCUGCAGGACUUCCUGGAGCCGCUGCUGCAGAGAGGUUUUUGUAGGUUAGUGCCCCACCCUCGUUCUCCCGGGACCUGGACGGUCCACUUCGAGGGAGCCGACUGCGACAGCCACUUCUCUGCUGCUGAUAAUUCUGAAAUGCAAAUGAGGAAGGAGCCGGAGGUUGUCACGGUAACCCUGAAGAAGCACAAUGGCAUGGGCCUCAGCAUCGUGGCUGCCAAGGGUGCUGGUCAGGAGAAACUGGGCAUCUACAUCAAGUCUGUUGUCAAAGGCGGAGCAGCUGAUGUGGACGGGCGUUUGGCUGCUGGUGACCAGCUGUUGAGUGUAGACGGUCGCAGUCUGGUCGGGUUGUCACAAGAGAGGGCGGCCGAGCUCAUGACGAGGACGGGAUCAGUCGUGACUCUGGAGGUCGCCAAGCAGGGAGCCAUUUACCACGGCCUGGCCACACUCCUCAACCAGCCCAGCCCCCUGAUGCAGAGAGCGUCAGACAGAGGGCGUGACAAAAACGGAAAGCUGCGACCAAAGAGCGAGGGAUUCGAGUUGUACAACAACUCGGUGCAGAACGGCUCUCCGGAGAGUCCGCAGGCCGGCUGGGACUGUUACCCCGAACCAAAGAAGAUGAGCGGAGAAGACCGACUCCUCAAGAACCGAGCCGACCACCGCUCCAGCCCCAACGUAGCCAAUCAGGGUCAGAGUCCUGCGAGCAAAGCUGUUUACCCCGGAGGACCCGGCACGAAGAUCACCUCUGUCUCCACCGGCAACCUGUGUGCAGACGACGAGCCCUCCCCUCCCCGCCCGGAGGCUUACCCCAUCCCCACCCAGACCUACCCCAGGGAGUACUUCACCAUCCCGGCCUCCAAGAGCACAGAUCGGGUGGUGGGUCCCGGCCAGGGGCCUCCGCAGCACUGGCAGGGCAUGGAGGACAGAGAACGCCUCCCUGUGGUCGACAACAUCCACAACAGCAUGCAGCGAGUUAACCACUCACAGGAAGACUUGUACCCACCGCCAGGAGGUAUGAGGCCAGACGAGCGCAUGCAGCAGCACUAUCAGCAGGAGUACCAGCACCGAGACAUGGACUACCAACACAGAGACAUGGACUACCAGAGGGGCCUGCCAGGAGGUGUGGGCGGUCCUGACCACUGGGCGCCUCAGCCGCAGGUCUCCUCCUCGUUGGAGUCCUCCACGUCCAGCCAGGAGCACCUCAACUUCUCCGCCUCGUCCUCCUCCUCCAACAAGACUCAGAACCAGAAGACCGGGCCGGGCCGAUGGAAGACGCCCAACGCCCCUCAUGCAGUGCAGCCGCAUCCGGGCCAGCAGCCGUCCCGCUCUGACCUGCCCCCUCCUCCUCCACCGCCACCUGCCACUUACCCCGAAACCUUCGACCCCUACGACCCCCAACCCGACCUGCCACUCCCCCCGCCUCCUGCUGCAGUCAACGCAGUAGCCGCCCAGCAGGCCGCUGACCGCAAGAAACGAGAGGAGCAGCAACGCUGGUAUGAGAAGGAGAAAGCUCGGCUGGAGGAGGAGAGGGAGAGGAAGAGGAGAGAGCAGGAGAGGAAGCUGGGCCAGAUCCGGGCCAACCCUGUCAUGCCCGUCCAACCUCACAACAACGGAGGAGCCAUGCCCCCUCCUCACCACCAGCCCCCUCUGCCCUCCGUGGUCCCACCCCAGCCCUACAUCCCCCCUCAGCCUCAGCCCCAGCCUCCCCCACCCAGACCGGAGAAGCUGGCCAGCCUGCCGCGCUCAGCUGUCCCACCGCCUGCCGGUGCCAACCACCCUCCUGGUAUGGACACAGUGAUCAGGGAGCUGUUACCGCAGCAGCAGCCGCGCACCAUCGAGAGGCGGGACCUGCAGUACAUCACCAUCAGUAAGGAGGAGCUGUCCAGCGACAGUUUGUCCCCAGACCCCUGGAAGCGAGACGCCCGAGAGAAGGCCGAGAAACAGCAGCAGCUUCACAUCGUCGACCUGCUGGACAAAGAGAUCCAGGAUCUCCAGGCAAAGCCGGAGCGAACGGCAGAGGAAAGCGACCGCCUCAGGAAGCUGAUGCUGGAGUGGCAGUUCCAGAAACGACUCCAGGAGUCCAAGCAGAGCGACGAGGAUGAGGAGGACGAAGAUGAGGAGGACGUGGACACCAUGAUGAUCAUGCAGAGGCUGGAGGCCGAGAAGAGAGCCAGGCAGCAGAAUGCUGUCCCAGCUAUCUCUGUUCUAGACUUGUUGCAGGACGAGGAGCGACGACGUAAGCAGCAGCUGGAGGAGAUUCGUAAACGGGAGGCGGAGGAGCGAGUGAAGCAGGAGGAGGAGAGAAGGUGGAGGGAGGAGGAGAGAGCCAAGCGAGAGGCCGAGGAGAAGAGGAGACAGGAGGAGGACUACUACUCUCGCCUGGAGGCAGAGCGGCGCCGGCAGCACGACGAGGCGGAGAGAAAGCUGCUGACGCCCGACGACCCGGCCGGUCUGUAUCGGCCCCCGCUGCCCCGGGAAUACCAACCCCCCGCCCCCCACAACCCUACUAACACCCCCCCGCCCCCCCCACAGAGAAACACCUCCUACCUCAAAACGCAGGUCACCUCCCCCGACACGCUCUACACCGCCAAGUUCGUCUCCUACGCGGGUGAUGAGGACGAAGAUGACGAAGCAGAGAGUGGCGGCGGCGGCAGCCAAUCAGGUCAGCUCAAGCUGUCGGCCACCCGGAAGUCGUACGGCGACCUCCCGGCCAACGCCUCGCCCAAUCACGGCAGGCCUCGGCCGCCGCCCACUGCGCGCAAGCCCCGUCCUCUUUCAGACGGCAUCUUCCUGUCUAGCUCGUUCCAGCCGCCAUUCAACAACUCCAACAGUACAGGCCCCUCCCUUCCUGCGAAACCCAGCUCCAUGCCCCCCGGAGGCUAUAAAGGAUUUAACUCGUACACUGGAAACUCAGCUGGAGUUGUAGGAUCGGGAGAAGUCUACAAUGACCCGCGAGACAAAUGGACAAAGAGUCAGGAGCAGGAGAACUCGAUCCCCAGCGGCGCUCCGGAGAGUAUGACCUUCAAGGAGCGCCAGCGUCUCUUCUCUCAGGGGAAGGAGGUUUCCAACAAGGUCAAGGCUUCACGCAAACUCAUGGAGCUGGAGAACGAGCUCAACACCAAGUAGUAGACCGGGCCUCUAAAAAAAAAAAAAAAACGUCCCAGAGCCAAAAAAAAAAAAUACAACAACAUCACCAUGGUAACAUUAAGGUGCUCCUGGGACACAAAAACCGGGUCGAGAGGGCCGGCGCUCGCUUUCCCAACCACUGACCGUCUCCUCCUGUUUGUGUUGUUUUUGCCCCUCUUUUAUUUUUUUAAUUUUUAAUCGAUGAAUAACUGGACCGCUCACCUUUUUUUUUUUCUCGACGUAGCUAUAUCGUUGCAAUAGGAGAGACAUUUAUGGCUUAAAGUUUUCCCGCCCUUCGUUGAGGUCUGUCAAAGAUAUAUAAUGAUAAAGCACUGUAAAAAAAGUUUGACUUGUAUCCAGUGAGAAUCUGAGAAUCACAUGACAAAGGGGGUGGAUAUAUUUUUGUUUAUAAAAAAAAAGGUUCUCGGAGCGAGGGGGAUGCAGGAAGUUUUAUUCUCAUUUUAUUUUUGUUAAAUAUCUCACCGAAGACCGAACGAUUUUAAAGCUCUUUAGUUCUGCAUCAUGAUUUCACUUUUUUUUUUUAAUUCCUUAUCGCCAGCAGAAUCGCCCAGACCAAUCUGUGUUUUUAUUUUCUCCUUUAAAGAAAAAAGAAGAAAUCACAUCCUCAGCGAGUGGAAACACUUUUAUUUCAUUCCGUAGCAAAAAAAAAAAGCAUGGGAUUAGUUUUAAAUUUUUAUUUUGUUGGUGAUGUUUUAGAUGAAAGAUUCUCCAGAGGAGGAUCCAAACAGUCCAGAGAAGGAUCUUUAAGUGCACAACAUUACUGUAAAUAUUCAGGUCCACAACUGUCUCACUCUUUUACUACUGUAGAAACCUGCCAGGCUACUAAAAAAAACAAUCUGCUAAACUUACUGGACUGUCUCCCCCCCCCCCCCCCACCGUCUGUGGAGUUUCAUUUUUUUUAAAUGUGUCGCCCCCCCCCCCCCCCCCCCCCCCCGAUGUGAGGUCACUUUGAUUUUACUUUCUUUUAAAUCGAAAUAGUCCUGUUUUUGUUUUCUUUUUGCAGAGUUGUGUGAGAUUAAUUUGACUGAUUGUUCCUGAAAUUCAAGGCAGAAUGAGGAUUUCUUUAACUUACAAUGUGAUUCAUGUUGGUUUUCACAAUAAAAUACAAAAAACAAAAACUACUCUUUAAGUCCUAGUUUGCUUUACAGAUAUUUAUUUCAGAAAAAAAAAAAACAUACUUGCACAAAAAACCUGUUUUUUUUUUUUUUAAAUAUUGAGUAUGUGUCUGCAAACUGUUUGGGGAAGUGGACUACUUUCUGCUACAAAUCUGUGUUUUUCUGCGAUGGACUCGGAACAGUUCUGGUUCUCACACCAGCUGUGAGGCACGGAGAUCCUGAUGGAGUCAAGGUGACAGAAUUGUGGUUGUACAAAUAUGUAAAAAGACACAAUUAACACAUUCACCAAAACGGCUGCUCUGACGGCGUAGAAGAGGAACGCACGUCGAGGUGUGUGUGUGUGUGUGUGUGUGUGUGUGUGUGUGUGUGUGUUUGUGUCAUUUCUCUCCUCUCUGCAGGAGCCUCCACUCAAACCCGAACCUCCACCACGAGAUCAGAAGCUGUUCUAAUAACUGACCUUUGACCUCACCACAGACGUGUCUCCUCUUCCCCCCCACAACAACAACGACUCCUUUGUAGGUUUCAAAUGAACUGACUCGUUUAAAUGUUUAGCCUUUUGUAAAUCAUUAAUAAAUACAGAUUUUUCAACAGUG